UUUUUCAUGAUUGCAUUGGCGUGGUUGGUUGGUGGUGGCUCUAGUUUCACUCCAGUGUUUGACAAAAAGGAAGGCGCUUUGAUUUCACCUAGUAGCACUCGACAGAGCCGAACUUUAGCUUGUUGUUCAAGGAAGAAAACUGUCUCAUGUCUUUCCCAGUCUUUGCAAAGGGCAUCUUCUGCUAGUUUGGACUGGAAAAAUUUGGGGUUUAGUUUUAUGCCAACUAACUGCUUUGUAUGUGCUACAUAUCAAAACGGUUGUUGGGGCGAACUUGAAAUUUCUAAAGAAACCACUAUUAGAAUUCCCAUCGCAGCUACAGUUUUACACUAUGGACAGGCUGCCUUUGAAGGUUUGAAAGCUUUUGCUUGUAAGGAUGGUUCCAUUCGAAUUUUCCGCCCCGAAAAGAAUGCAGAACGAUUGCAACGAUCUGCUUCUAGAAUCAUGAUGCCUUUGGUUCCGAAGGAGAUGUUCCUGAAUGCCGUGGUUCGAGCAGUACAAGAGAACUGUGAGUAUAUUCCCCCGUAUGGAUCUGGUGGUAGUUUAUAUAUUCGUCCAUUUCUCUUUGGUUCUGGAGCAAGGGUGGGAUUGGGUCCCUCGGAUGAGUACACGUUUAUUGUCUUUGUUGUACCAGUGGGUGAUUACUAUAAAGGAGGACUGGCACCUGUAACAGCAGUAGUAACAGAAGACUAUGAUAGAGCAGCACCCUUAGGAGUAGGUAACGUGAAAGUAGGUGGUAACUAUGCUGCAGACUUGCUGCCGUAUAUGCAGUCGAAAGAAAAAGGUUAUCCAGUAAACCUGUAUUUGGAUCCUGUCGAAAGAAAGUAUAUCGAAGAAUUUGGAACUAGUAACUUUAUUGCUAUUGGUAACAAUAAGAAAUCUUUUAUAACACCCAAUUCCAAGUCUAUUUUAAAAAGUAUUACCAAUCAGUCUUUGAUGCAACUUGCACAGGAGGAGUUAGGCCUGCAAGUCGAAUAUCGCAAGGUUGCUAUCGAUGAAGUUUCGCAUUUUGAUGAAGUUGCCGCUUGUGGUACAGCUGUAGUUAUAACACCCGUGGGUCGUAUUGUAUAUCAAGGUAGAGUGAUGAACAUUGGAAAUAAUCCGGACCAAGUUGGACCCGUAUUGAAACAACUGUACGAAUUGAUGACGAGCAUUCAAUUUGGACAAAUUGCCGAUAAGCGUCAUUGGAUGUAUAGGGUAGUCUAAGUAAACGCGCCCUCAAGGAAUGAUCCAGAAAUUUCCAGCCAUUUCUGUUUGGGAUUUUAAAUUGCUGCAUAGCUUCUCUUUUCAGAUCGCUAAGAAAUUGUUGAGA